AUGCUUGCGAUAUACUUCGUUGCUAGCCUUCUGGCGAGCCUUGCUAGUGCCCGCAAUGCCGCCGAUCUAGUAGGGACCUGGACCACCAAGUCUCGCCAGGUCUUUACAGGGCCUGGGUUCUACGACCCAAUCUUGGAUGAACUCAUCGAACCGAAGCUUACGGGAGUCUCCUUCUCUUUCACAUCAGACGGAUACUUCGAAGAAGCUUUCUACCGAGCUGUUUCCAACCCUCAAGAUCCGUCAUGCCCCAAGGGUAUCAUGCAGUGGCAGCACGGUACAUACACCGUUGGCAGUGGUGGCUCUUUACACCUGAAGCCGUUUCCGAUGGACGGUCGUCAGCUCGUAUCAGAUCCGUGUUCGUCCGCGAAAGGGUUAUACUCCAGAUACAACCAAACAGAAGAGUACAACUCUUUCACUGUCGGGAUUGACCCAUACUAUGAUAGUAUGCGCCUUGACCUGUACUCGUUCGAUGGGUCGCCUAUGAUUCCGAUGUACCUUGCGUAUAAACCACCGGAGAUGCUGCCCGCCGAACCUUUGGAGUCGAUAAGGUCUAAAAGAGCGAAGCGUCACAUUGACGUUGAAGCGACCGGGCCUUUCGACUUGACGACACUCGUUAGCAAGGAUAGUCUCGUGGAUCCUGACCGUUGGCUGUGGAUGGGUGUCGUCAUGAGCGCAAUGGGCGGCGUUGCGCUGUUCUUCUCCUAG